GAUAACGCAAAUGUUCAAUGCACGUCAGGGUUGAGUUAUCAUUAAACUAAAACGUAAGGACACUUAACGGAAACCAGAAAGAAAUAUAUCUACAGGUGAAAAGGAUCGUUUUAAAAGGUAGACAUUUCUGGCGGUAACGUACAUAACUGAACACAAUUGCAAACAGGCUUCGGGUAUUUUAUAAACAGAUUUGACUUGACGUUGAAUGCCCAGCAUCAGAGCCUAUUUCCUCAGGAGAGGAAUCCCAGUAAACUGAUACGAAGAAACACCGAGUUUUUUUAGAUUUAUUGACGUGAUUCCUUGGAAUAACUAUUGACAUUCAAACAUUGGCAUUGGCUUCCACUCAAAUUUCACUAUAUCUCAACCGAGAGGGGAAAAAUGACUAGUAACAGCAAUAGCAACGAUCAGCACCACCCUGCCAUAGUGGAACUGAACGUCGGUGGGGUGCUAUACUCUACGACUUCUACCACCCUCACGCGGUACCCGAACUCUUACCUUGGGAAGAUUUUCACUGGCCGUAGCGAGGAGACAUUGCCUCGCGACAGCAAAGGGAAGUACUUUCUAGACAGAGACGGUGUGUUAUUUCGGUACGUUCUGGAUUUCCUGCGAAACCAGAGAUUGGUCCUGCCAGAGAACUUUCAGGAAAAGGAGCGUCUGAAACACGAGGCAGAGUAUUUCCAAUUACCAGAACUCACCAAAGGCAUUAAACAUGAUGUACAUGACGACCACGAGGACACAAUGGACCAUCACUCCCGGAUUGCUAUGUACAGUCGAAUGAGAAUAAACAGUCUCCCCGCCCCACUUCAGAGACAUUGGGGUUCUGCGGGCUAUAUCACCCUGGGGUACAGGGGUACCUUCGCGUUCGGUCGUGACGGAUUAGUUGACGUAAAAUUCCGGAAGCUGACGCGGCUCCUUGUUUGCGGAAGAGUGUCCCUCCUGCGAGAGGCGUUUGGGGAAACUCUGAACGAAAGUCGAGACCCCGACCGCGGCCCUGAUGACCGUUACACGGGACGCUUCUUUCUUAAGCACACGUUCCUGGAGCAGGCGUUUGAUAUGUUGGCAGAGGCAGGGUUUCAUAUGGCUUCUGGCAUGGCGUCAGGGACAAAUGGCGCGGAUGUCAAGCCCGGUAUGGAGAUUGAAGAAAGUCGAUGGCAACAUUAUACAGAAUUCGUCUUUUACCGGGAACCCGGCGACCAUUGUCCUUAAAAUGUGAAACGUCUACCAGUGACCACAGCUGGGACAAAUUUCCGCAGUAGAAACCGGUGUUUCAUGAGGGCAUCGCCAGAUUGGAAUAUUGUCUGGUUCAUCGUAUUGACACGAGGACGUAUCCGUGGAAUCCGUGAAACAAUAUCGGUCAUGUCUGACCAUCUGUAUGUGAUCGGCACCAAUGGAGCUCUGCUUUUUA